AUGGGUCUGUGUGAUGACGAUUUCUGUUCCGGCAAAUCGCUUUGGAGCAUUAGCAGAAGCAAGAGCCCAAGGAAGGAUCUAAGUAAACAACCAAGACGCUCUCUUUCUAGAUCAAUUUCAAAAUCUAGAUCGCCAUCUCCUGACGGGAAGAAGAGUCCCCCUAAGUCUAGGUCCAGUUCUCUUUCAAAAUCUCCAGCCAAGCCAUGGAUUUUGGUACCAGAGGCUUUGGGAUACGGAAACUGGGUCAAGGCUCAAGAGUGGGCAGCAGUACCUGGAGGACAAGUCACUUACUUGGGGAACCCAGUCCCAUGGGGUACUUUGCCCACAAUCUUGGCUUUAGAGUUUUUAGCUAUUGCCUUUGUUGAGCACCAGAGGAGCAUGGAGAAAGACCCUGAGAAAAAGAAGUUCCCUGGAGGUGCAUUUGAUCCUCUUGGAUACUCCAAAGGCCCAAAGAAGGCGUCUUGCGUUGUUGGCGUUUGUAGGCUUCUGUGUGCAACAAUCAGCCUAUCCAGCGGACUCCACACCACAGGCUUCUUCUGCAAUGCAACCACUGUAGGAUGGCUCGGCUUCCACGAGCUCCCUCCUCCUCCAAGAGGGCUCUUCUUGAAUCUGCUACCUUUCACUGCAUAUUGUGAUCUUGAGAGACGAGCUUAGAGUAUCUCCCCCUUCUCAGAUCACCACCACCACCAUGAAACACAGAAUGUGAUGGAGUGGUCAUGUUCAUGUAAGGCAAUGAUGGUUCUGGUCUCAACGUUGCAAUAGAGACUCUCCUUCUCGGCUGGAGUGUUUUAUUAUUAUUACUGAUGCAAUGGCUAACGGAGGAGGAGCUGGUCUGAAUGCAGUGGAGCUUCUACUUUGUAUCAUUAGUGUGUUUAUGUCCAUGGAACUUCUUCUUCUGUUAUUAUUAUUAUUGUUAUUCUCUUUGCUUGUUGCGUCUGAGAAUCUCUUGGUAGGUCCCUGGGAUGGUUGCUGCGGCAUGAUGUUUGUGAUUCUUCCGAGUGGCAUUCUGAUUGAUCACGUGGGUGCCAAUGGUGGCUUUUUCUAUGUGAUUCUCGGUAGUUGUCCAAGUAAUAAUGCAGUCGCUAGAGAUCGUGUCUACUGCUUGUUUCCUUUGAGAAACUUGAAGUAUACAUGGCUUCUGUUAGCAAGAGGUGAUAUCACAAACUUAGUGAAAUGUAUUAUUUAUAUAAAUAUAAUAAUAUUUUUUUAUUUACAAAAUAAUUUGUAAAGAAAUAUUUAGUGUAAAUAACAUC